AUGCCCUGGUGCAGCUUUUUGUGCUGCGCGGACGUGAAGCGCGCGUCGUGGGCCGGCUCGGGUUUGUGCGAGCGUCGCAAGCGGGUCGGGAAGAAGUGCCAGCGCCACCGCCAGCUGCGCUUCGGCGUCCGAGCGAGCCGCCGCAUCUUCCGCUCCAGUAAAGCUCUUUACGUUGCGCUCGGCCGCUGCGCUCUCCCGUUGGCCGUGCGAGAGUCAGUCAGCGGCGUGAGCGACUCCUCGACAUCGAGCAACGUGAUGACCGUCACUUUGAACUUGGGACUACCACAAAACUAUUACAAAGCCGCUACACGACGACUACAAUACAACUCGAGGCUUCUACAUGAACUACGACAUGAAUACUACUCAUGGUCACGACAUCAGUACGGUCGUGGCUGCUUUCCUCACAAAAAUGCGUGUGCGCGUGCGUUCUUGUGGGUGUGCGUUGGCACGUGUGCGUGCGUGUGCGCAGAGAAGUGUAACUUCCUGGGUGUCAGCGUGCUUGGGGAAAGUCCGGAUGACGUCGGCGGCGUGUACGUCGGCGGCGUGUACGUCGGAUCCGUCGCGGAGGACGGCGCCGCGGCGGCCGACGGACGCGUGAGCGCGGGGGACGUCUUGAUACGGGUGAACGAGGUGAGCCUGGAGAAGGUGAGCGGCUCGAUGGCCGUGCAGGUCCUCAGAGAUGCUGUCAAGAAGCCAGGCCCGCUGACACUGACGCUGUUGAAGUUUUGGGACCCGAAGCCCACCGGCGUUUUCAUGUUGCCGAGAGGGGAGCCGGUGCGUCCCAUCGACCCCGCCUCCUGGGUUUGGCACACGGCCGCCAUGACGGGGAAGCUCCGCCCACCUUACGGCGAAGAUGAGCAUCUGAGCGUGGACAGCGACAUGGCGACGGUCGUCAAGGCGAUGAUGAAGUCUGAUUCGGGCGUGGCAGUUCGGGACCGGAUGUGGCUCAAGAUCGUCAUCCCCGACGCUUUCACAGGUAGCGACGCCGUCCGCUGGCUCCGUCGGAACCUGGUGGGCGUGGCCAAGCGCGCAGACGCUCUCCGUUACGCUGCCGAGCUGCUCGAGCGUCGAUUCAUCCGACACGCUGUCAACGCACAAACGCACAAACGAUUCGCACAGCAGCGAUAUUAUGUCGUGGGAGACCUCACCGAGAUGUCUCCAAUGGACCAUCGUGAUGGGCGAGGGCGAGGAGCCGACCUCUGUACGACAUCUUCAGGGGACCGUCUUGACCACGGGGACCAGUCUGAUCAGAAGGACCAUCUUGACCGCACACUGACUAGCUUGACCACAAUGGACCAUUCUGAGCACAGGGACUAGUUUUACCAAAAAGGACCAUGCUGACCACAGGCACUAGUUUGACCACAAGAGACCAGUUUGACCGAAGGGACCAUUCUGACCAUAGGGACCAGUUCUACUGCAGGGGACCAUUCUGAACGCAGGGACCAGGUCAACCGCAAGGGACUAUUCUGACCACAAAGGACAACUUUGAGCACAAGGACAUUUGGGACUAAUCUGACCUUAAGUUGCUAUCAUGUUCCAUAAUAAUGUCCUUUUGUCUCUGCACUAGCAAAUUUUCCCCAUGGCUCCAUGUUUUUCUGUUGUCAUGUAGUUUUCUGUUUCCUGUUUGUCCACACGUGUUAAAUACAUGAAUACACACUGUUUAUAAAUGGAGCAGAUUGUGUGUGUGUGGCUCAACUCAAAAAGUUGUCAUUCCACUUUAAGCCAUGAAACAACAAAUGUAUUGACUUGAGUUCAUUUUCACCCAAUAUGGCGUGAGACAGAAAGACGUUGACAAAAAACAGUCACUGAGCAAUAAAGGUUUGCUACUUA